AGCUGUUAAAUUUGUGGCGGUUGAACGAUUUCAUAGUUUGAGCGGCACACAAGCCAUGUAAAAUUCAUAUAGCUGAACAAAAUAAAGCAAAAUUUCUACAAACAUUUAAAGUUAAACAAAUACGCAAAUAGUUUUUAUCAAAAUAUUGUUGUGCUAAUUAAAUCACACGAUGGCAGGCAUUUAUAUGGAUGAGGAUAAUGCAGGUAUUCAUUUGCAAAUUCCAAGAUCAUCACGCAAGGUGCUUGGAGCAACUACACCGACCAAGAAAAAAGUGCUAGGCAAGCUGGACAAUGUGAUAAACAAUCUAUUUUCAACGCCUUUGCAAGGCAACCUGCCAGCUAAGUGGCCAAGCAGUUGCGCGCCAAAAGAAGAUGCACAAGCGGUAAAGUCUAUCCCACAGGCAGUUUAUAUAUAUAGCGCGGACAUAUUUGAUUACACGGACUUUCCAAGCACAAAGUGUUUGAACAAUUGCCACAAACCCUUUGAAGAAAUUUGGGCACAGCAAUCACUCGAUGAGUCACUUGUUAACCAGUUACUGAACAAGUAUGAAUUUCCGGAUGAGUCCAGAGAUGAGUUUGAUAUGUCGCUCUACAAGGAUGCGAAAGAAACCGAAAGCUCAUUUGAUUUUACAGAGCCUUGUUUGUUGGAGAAUAGUACAGAAGAUUCAUUUGAGCUGGAUAAACUGGAGCUACCAGAGCAUAAAUUUGAGCUGGAUAAACUGGAUCUACCAGAUGAUCCCUUUCUCUGUUAAACAUUUACAUUUGGUUAUAUUAAGUUACGAACGCAGCAUACUCGCAUUUAUUUUAAGUAAAAACA